AUGGCCGGACAAGCGUUCAGGAAGUUCCUUCCUCUGUUUGACCAAGUGUUGGUUGAAAGGAGUGCAGCUGAAACUGUAACCGAAGGAGGCAUUAUGCUUCCAGAAAAGUCUCAAGGAAAAGUAUUGCAAGCCACAGGAGUGGCUGUGGGAUCGGGCUCUAAAGGAAAGGGUGGAGAGAUUCAGCCAGUUAGUGUGAAAGUGGGUGAUAAAGUUCUUCUCCCAGAAUAUGGAGGCACCAAAGUAGUUCUCGAUGACAAGGAUUACUUCUUAUUUAGGGAUGGUGGCAUUCUUGGGAAGUAUGUAGAGUGA